AUGAGCUCCCCGGGGGCCCCCGGGGGUCCCCUUCACGAGGUGCCUCAGGAGGAUCGAGUGGUUUUAUGGCUCCCUAAGGCCUCUAUUGACAAAAAGGGGGCCGUUAGCAGCAGCAGCAGCAGCAGAAGCAGCAGCGGAAGCAGCAGCAGAAGCAGCAACAGCGGGACAACUGAUGGUAGCGGCAGCAACAGCGGCAGCGAUAGGGGCAGAACCACAGGCCUACUGUUGAGAAUCACCAGCAGCAGCAGCAGCAGCGUUAACACCAGCAUAGGCAGCAGCAGCAUCAACAGCAAGACAGGCAGCAGCUGCAUCAGGAAUACACCAACACCAGCAGCAGCAACAGCAGCACCCAGCGCCAGCAGCAUCAGCAGCAACAGCAACAGGAGCACCAGCGUUAGCAGCACCAGCAGUACCACCAACGGCAGCAUCAACGACGGCAGCAGCAGCAGCAGCAUCAAAAGCAGCAGCGACAGCAGCAGCAUGAACAGCAACAGCAUCAAGAGCAGCAGCAGCAGCAGCAGCAAGAGCAGCAGCAGCAGCAGCAGCAACAGUAGAAAAAGCGUGUGCAAUGCAGGUGGAGAAGCAGCAUUAGCAGCAGAAGCUUUUCAUGCUGCUGGUAGCUGCAGCAUGGAAGCGAAGGCCCUCAGGCUGUACGCACAAGCUGAACGCAAUCUAAGGAGACACAAACAAGCAGGCAAAGCCAUGCAAAGGCUGGGAGAUCUGCUGAUGAAGGAGAAGAAAGCAGCUCGGCGCGGCAGCAGCAGCAGCAGCAGCAACGGCAGCGCUGGUGGCGCUGCAGCUGCAGCAUAUGAGGAAGCAAUGAAGUGUUAUGAUGAGGCUGUAUAUUUGUAUAAAGCAGCAGGAGACACAACAUCAGCUGUAUCUCUGCUGCUGCAGGUUGCUGCAAGACGGGGGAGAGAUAAAAAUCCAAAGGGUAUAGCGUUAUGUGCUGAUGCUUAUGAAGAGGCUCUUCGUCUUCUAGCUGCACGACACGAGCUGCAGCAAACUGAUGAGGCAUUGCGUAGCAGCUUCCUGGGGAGCCCAGAGUUUGCUGCGGGUGCUGCUGCUGUGGACGCCGCAAGGGCGGGGGACAACGAGCGGCUCGCUGCAGCACUAGAAUCCCCUGUGUUUCGUUUGCUGCUGCCUCCUGUUGCAGCUCUAGCAGCGAAACGUGCCGCUGCAGCAAGAAGUUGCAGCGGAGGAGAUAACGUAAUGGAACGGGAGGAAAUCGGGUUCUCGGGGGAGGCUGUCGAUAUGCUCCUUAUGAGCGAUACGCAAACCCUAAAUCCUAGGCUCUAA